CAUUUCACCAUCAUCUCCACACCAAGAAGAAACUCCAUUAUAAAUCUGUCCCCGCUUUCCUCGACAGUUCCUUCACGAACCCUCCACAGACCGGCGGACGGACGGACUGAGAGAUGGCCAGAGCCGCGCUCAGGUUUAGGAGGUUCACAGCGGCCUUCGACGAUGCGGGGCGUGCACACGAGGGCGAGGGCAAGGGCAAGGGCGAGAGCCUCACCGAUCUCUCCGACCUCGUGGCGUCGUUCCUCGAGAGGGAGGAAGUGAUGAGAGGAGGAGGAGGAGGAGGAGAGGAUGAGGAGGAGAUGAGGCGAGAAGAAUCGGAGAGCAGCUGCUGGUCCGACUCCGAGGCGACCAAGGACAAGCUGCUCAACUUGUUCCAGGGCUGCGGCGACGGCGGCGAUGCUGUUGCCAAUGAUGUGAAGAGGAAGAUCAGAACAGAGGUCGAAGCUGCGCGGGGGUUGGUUGCGAAGAAUGGAUUCUCGGAGGGGCUGAAGCGUCAAUUGGUGAUCAGUUUGCGUCUGAAGGGCUUUGAUGCCGGUCUCUGCGAAUCAAGUUGGGACAGGACGCCCAGGCGUCCGGCCGGAGCCUACGAGUACGUGGACGUCAAUGUCGAAGGAACGCGCUACAUCGUUGAGGUUUCUCUCGCCGGGCAAUUCAAAAUAGCGCGGCCCUCCGACCACUACACGUCGCUUGUCGAAGCGUUUCCUCCCGUUUUCAUCAGCAGGCCGGAAGAGCUCCAGCAGGUGAUCAGGCUGAUGUGCGCGGCGAUGAAGCAAUCCUUGCAGAGCACAGGGUUGCUCCUCCCUCCGUGGAGGAAGAAAAGCUAUAUGAAGGCCAAGUGGUUCAGUAACCACAAGAGGACGGCUCCCGACGAGGCUGCGGGUGCGAGAAGACUACCCGCCGUCAGGCACGAGAGUAUGGCGGAGAUAUCGUAUCGCUGCAAGGACGACGUCUUGAGCAAGACGAGGCCGAGAGCCGGGCAUUUAAGCGAGAUCUUCAGCGGCGGCGGUGGCGGCAACGGGAGUGGCGCGUGAUCGCGGCAGCCGGAUUCUUUUGCUUUCCAAAGUUUUUAUCAAUCGGUUCCAACUCUUUUGGAAGAGUAGUCACAAUCCAGUUUUGGUCCAAAAGAAUGGCCUCAAAGUGAAGAUUCUCUUGCUUGUCUUUCUGGUUAGUUUUCUGGAUGAUGAUGGGGACAUUCCAGUUGAUAGAUAAAGACUGUACAGAUUUUGGCACAUUGUGUACAGAAGAUUGUUGAAAAGUG